ACAGGUGGCAGGUUGUGAUGCACCUGUACUGGACACAAAAUAGAACAGAGUGAAAGGCAAAUUCACCUCUCAGCACGAAGCAGAGGAACAGAUAAUACUGAAGAAAAACUAGAUCCAGAUUUUUUUUUUACCAGAGCCAUUUAUCAGACUGAAGAGAUCAGCUGCCAAUCCAAGGACCAGUCUGUGGGUGAGCAUGACGAUGUUUGUGCCACAGAGCCUCUCUCCACCUUCAUUUGGGACCCAGUACCCCAGUCUGGGACAGGAGUCUCCAGAGUUCAGCCUGUACAGCGACAGCUUCUACAGCCCUCUUGCCGUGCCUAGCCUGCAGCAGGCCACCCCUCCUGCCUAUGACCUGGGAGACUACACCAGCCCUUCUACCAACCCUUACCUGUGGUUCAAUGGCCCAGAGCUCAACAGUGUUCCCUACAUAGAGGGACCCACGGGGCCAGCUUGUGGGCCCUAUGUGCCCCAACACUGCAACAUGCAAAGGCCCUAUCUGGGUGCUGAUGGGCCGGGGGUUGUGGUAGGGGACCUGAGCUGGUUUUCCAUGCCCUCUCAAGAAGAGCUGAUGAAGCUAGUCAGGCCACCCUACUCCUACUCUGCCCUUAUUGCCAUGGCGAUCCAUGGGGCCCAAGAGAGACGGCUCACCCUGAGCCAGAUCUACCAAUAUGUAGCAGACAACUUCCCCUUCUACAACAAAAGCAAGGCCGGGUGGCAGAACUCUAUUCGCCACAACCUCUCCCUCAAUGACUGCUUCAAGAAGGUGCCCCGAGAUGAGGAUGAUCCAGGCAAGGGUAACUAUUGGACCUUGGACCCCAACUGUGAGAAGAGGUUCGACAAUGGCAACUUCCGUCGCAAGAGGAAGAGGAAGUCGGAAUCCCUGCCUGGCGACGGGGGCUCCUCAGGUUCUGAGUCAUUAGAGUCCAGCCCCAAACACCCCAACAACAUGAGUGACGUGUCCAGCUCCUCUGACCGCGGCCCCUCCCCCAUCUCCUCAGCUCCCUCCCUCUGCCUGAACAGCUUCCUGUCUCAGAUGGCUGAAGUGGGGACGGUAUCAAACACAGUAGAGGCAGAUACCCUCCACAGACCCAGGUUGCCUAUAGAGGUACCCCAACGGGCCUCUCCGUCCCAGGGAUACGGCUCCUACUCUCCCAACGCUACAGUGCCUCACUGGGAAGUCCAUAUGUCUCAUCCGCAGCACCCUACCAUCCCUUCCUCCCCUCCCCUCUACCCUGGGGACUCUGUCCGCUCCCUGCUCAGCAACCAGCUAUACCCAGCCUUGGACUCAAUACUUUACCAACAGGAAGGCACAGAGGUGUAAAGCACAACUGCCAUAGGGCAGCCUGCCUUUGGGCAUACUCUCACUACAACGUCUUCAUCAGCAGAGAAUUAAACUUCACUGAACUCAUACUAAAGAGGAUGAUUUACAAUGUUUUUUUCCCCUCUCUCUUAAUUGAUUGUACGUAUGUAUAUUGUUUGCUGUUCCAUAUACUGUCUUUAUAAUAUGAACUCAGCUAGCUGUAAAACAUUUGAGGGAUUCUUGGAUUCAAACAUUUUUAAAGUGGGUUUUGUAUGUGAUGUUACGUAAAUGUCCUGUCAUCAAGCUUUUUACUAUUUUUUAAAUAAAGAACAACAAUAAGAAAUUC